CAUCAACCAACCAGCAGCCCCCGCAAUGACGCUCUGCCAGACCUGCGACUCGCUCCCCAUGGGAGACUGCGACGAAUCCAAUCUUGGAGAGUACAACGAGCUUGUCUCAAGAGCAGAGGCUGGCUGCGAGGGUUGUCGAUUUUUCACCACCAUUCUCCAAUCUAGUGAUGGCUGGAAAUCCCGCUUGGACAAAUUACCCGGGAGGGUGAUCGUCUUAGACCUCCUUCGCUUGCAGGCUAAGGACCCGACCGGGCUCAGUAGAUCUACUUUCACCCUGGAUGAUUUGAAUUUCGAUAUUUGUGUCCCGGAGGGGGAAGAACAUGAGGAACUUGACUCGGUUCGUGUGGUGCCUGUAAAUCCAUUGGAUGAACGGUGCCUCCGUCAGAUCCGAUCCUGGGUUUCAGAAUGCGCCGGACAUACAAAUUGCACUAAGCCAGAGCCCGUGUCCCUGCCCCGGGCGAUCAUUGAAAUUCCCAGCGACGCGAAAGAACCGCCCAAAGUCUGUCUCUCCGAGGGGAAGACAGGCUCCUACGUUGUCUUGAGCUAUUGCUCCGACAAUACUCCUCCUCUGCCAGUUUCAGAGACCACCAACUUCCCCAUUUCGCUAGAUGUGCAGUCGCUUCCUAAAACCGUGACGGACGCUAUAGAAGUCACGAGACGACUAGGAUACCAGUAUCUAUGGGUCGACGCGCUCUGCAUGACCGGCCAUAACUGGGAUAAAGAGCUAUCGGCAUUCAUCUCCAUUUACAACCAAGCCGAGUUGAUGCUUUCGGCCACAAAUGGAGAAGACGCAAACUCAGGAAUGCUUCACGACAGACAUGUUCUAUAUUCCCCGGGCCUGGGGCCCGAUAAAAACAGAUAUUUGCGGCAAGAGCUGCUGCGCUGGGAAUCAGACUUGGAAAAGUCCCCGCUGGAGAAGCGCGGAUGGCCUUUUAUAGAGCGCGCUCUGGCACCGCGUAUUAUCCAUUUUGCCAAACACCAAAUGUUGUGGGAGUGUGCGUCCGGAAUCCAAUACGAAGGAUCCAAGCAUAAAAACAGCAUUAUUGGAUCUGGCCAAAUCCGAGAGAGGUAUAGAAAACAGAUCGUGCAGCCGUACAUCGACAAGACACUCAGUGGACACACGGAAAAGGACCAGGACACCAACACAGGCGGUGGUCUAGCUCGAUACGAGACCUGGCACCAAUGCGUCGAUGAAUUCUCAGGCCGAGAGCUCAAAAGACCAACCGACAAGCUCCCCGCCAUGGCUCCGCUGGCUUCCAUUCUCGACGACGGCUCCAUGGGAACCUACCUGGCCGGAAUAUGGAGCAACGACAUCGCCGCUGGACUAUCCUGGGGCCGACCUUUCUAUCUCCUCACUCCUUCAUCAACAUACCGAGCACCAAGCUGGAGCUGGGCCAGUGUCGACGGCAAAGUGAGCUCAAUGGUUCUAGCAUGGCCGGAGGACCUGAUGGACGGGCAUUCCAAGGACCCAGCCUGGAUCAACAAGUACCAGCCCAAGCUCCUUUCCCACAACAUCAUCCUCGAGAACCCAUCGCACCCAUACGGCCGGGUCUUAGAAGGCUCCAGCAUCACGCUUGAGGGCAGCUGUCUUGGACUCAUGAGUCUUGCAAAAGCACUUGGACCCCGUCCCGAAUUCUAUAUAAUCCCAGUGCUGGAUGAAGCGCAGGCGUUCGAUUGCCCAUGCUGCGCCGGCCGCUCUGACGAAGACCAAAAAGCGGAGAUGGCGAAGAUAGAAGGCGAGAUUGAACAUCAUGUCUGCAUGAUAUUGCAGGGGGAUGCUUGGAGAGUGGAAGAAGACUGGAGCCGAGGCCGAGGUUUCUGCGAUCUGCUUAUUUUGAAAGCUUUGGGCGAUUCGACCUUUAAACGGGUUGGGUCCAUGAGGAUCAAUUCCGACAAGCCGGAGCCUGCUCAUGCAGCGUUUGAUGCGUUGGACUGGGAGAGGCGGGUGUUGAAAUUGAUCUGAUCUGCUAGCCGGGAAGCGUGGUCGUCGUAGUUAGUAUCAAUUUAGAUGACAUCUUGAAUGGCGUAUUUGUAAUAAGACCUA